AUGAACAAAUGCUAACAAAUAGGAUUCAUAUAUUGUGUAUCAGGAAAAUGCAACCAUUUUGGAUUAUGUUUGGAGUAAGUUGCCCUUUCAACAGCCUCUAUUUAGGAACGGCAUGCUCUUUGUUGUUGAUGACAUUAUGUAUAUACCAAAUUACAGUGAGAGUAAUCGAAUAGAGAAGAUUUUACAAAAGAAAGCAAAUUUUGUUUUUGAUAAUUUUACUAGCUGAUACUUGUAAUGAUAUUUUUAGGAUAGCAAAAAUAAAUAGUUUUUUUCAUCUUUACGAUGGAUAGAAAUCUAGCAUUUGCUUAUUUUUUGUAUUUUUACUUUGAUUAAUCUUUUUUGAUUUUUCUGGUUUACUUCUUUACGAAAAAGGCAACCGAUCUUAAUGUUUAUAAUAAAAGCAAUACAAAAUUAGUGAGAGGAUGCACAUAUGGAUUAUUUGCUUUUUUUUCCAUAUUAUUAUUGAUAGAUAUAAUCGUCUAUUAUUUGAGAUAGGGUUAUGGAAAUUGUAGUUGUAUAUAAAAAAUAUCUUAAGCCUUAGACAUUACACUUUUUGUGAUCAGAGUGGUGGAAUUAUUUGCAAGCAUUAUAUUCAUCAUAGGAGCUUAUUUUCUAAAUAAAAAAAUGAAUGCUUUGAUUACAGAAUAAAUAAUUUUCACAAACAGGAUGACAGGAGUAGAAAAGACUUAGUUCAUAAAGAUUAGAAAUAUAAAAUUGAAAUUUUGGUAAUAUAACAAUUGUUAUAAAAUAAAAGGACUUUAGUUUGUGUUACAGCAAUUGGAUAAGUAAUUUAAUGGAGUGCAGAUUUAAGCUAUUUCAUAUAUUCUCAAUCAAAUCAAACUUUAAACUAAACUUAAUAAUAAUGUUAUUUUCCUGCAUAUGUAAGAUAUUAGAAAUUUUUAUAUAGAAUAUUGUGUUGACACCUUAGGUUGAUUUAUUAAUUUGUCUCUUUGGAUAUUUUUUGCCAUUGUUUUGUGCUGUUUAUUUGUUUUGGUUCAAAAAGAAAUAAGUGUAAUAUGUGGUAAGAAUCUCAUCCCCCUUAUAUAGAGGAAUCAUUAGAAGUGGAAAGUUUACCAGAACGAUACUAUCAUAAAUUAUUAAACUAAUCAAAUAGUUCAUUCUCUUCUUCAAAAUAAAAUUGAAAAAAAAACAAUACAAAUUAUAAACAAUUAUUCUGCAACAUUAUUUAAUUAAUAAGUAUCUUCAAUUAAUUAAAUAUAUAUAUGUUCAUGAUGAAAGAAGAUAUGAUUUUCAUUAAUUAUAUUAAAUAACCAUGUCUUGGGAUGCUUAUGUGACAAAUUUGACAGCCAAUGGAGUUCUUGAAUAUGCUGCCAUUAUUGGAUUAGAUGGAAACAUUUGGGCAAGCAAUUUAGGUGUUGCUGCCCUUCCUUCAUAUCAAGCUGAUGUACCAGAUGAGAAGAAUCCAGAUGUUACAACCAAGGUUGCUUAUGAUGAGAAGGCUGCUUUUGUUCAUGCUCUUACUCACAAUGGAGAAUCAGGUAAUAAAGCUGGAGUUAGAAUCAACAAUCAAAAAUAUUAUUCAGUAUAAUUCGAUGGUGAAUCUAAGACAUGGUAUUUGAAGAAGGUAUUUUACAAAAUGAUAAUAAAUAGAACAAAGGAGGAGCAUGCGUUGCUUGGGCUAACACAGUCGCUGUAUUUGCUUCAUUCUCCCAAACCAUUAAUGCAGAAAAUGGAGCACCUUAGAAUGCUAGUGAUUGCAACAAACGUGUCAUUGACAUGGCAAAAUACCUUGCUGAUGCUGGAUAUUGAGUU